UUUCUCUCCCAAUUUUUUGCUUGUGGGCUCGGUUUCCCUGAGUCAGCACUUUUUCAGCGAGAGGGAUCCAUACGCAUACACACGCAACACUACAAGCAACACAGGACCAUCAUGUUCGGCUACGGUGCACGAGGUGGCAAGGGUCGCUGCUACCAGUUUUGGCAGGAUCUCAUGACCUGCGUCGAGAACAACAAAUCUGACAAGAAGCAGUGCAUCCCAUUCCGUGAGGAUUACAUCGAGUGCUUGCACAACAGGAAGGAGACGGCGAGGAAUAACCGCAUUCAGGAAGAGCUUGAGCGGCAACGGGCGGCCGGCACGCUGCCACCGCGUGUGGAGGAGCUCUUGCAGACGCGCGAAUGAAUGAAGUCGCUGCUGCCACACCCUGCUGUCGCCCUUUUUAUGUCCGUGCGUGUCUGAUCUUGGGUGUUGUUCUCGAUGAGGUGUAGCUUGCUGGUGGAUCCAUUCGGGCAAGCAAGUGUGUGUGUGUGUGUGUGUGUGUGUGUGCCUGUGUGUCUGUGUGUCUGUGUGUGUCUGUUGCUGCUUUGACUGGUGUGUAGCUCUGCUCCCACCCUUAUGCGGUUGUGUUGUGAUUGAGUUGAAUUCCUUGUGUAUUUGUGCAUGUGUGUGAUUGUGUGUCUGUUUGUUGUGUGCACGUGUGUUGUGCGUGCUGUCGUCCCGUUGUAUCUGGUGGUCGUUUAUUGAAAGAGAAGCCGUCA